AUGUCGGCCCAGCAGCCGCAGUAUUACCCGCCUCCUCCAGGUGCCGGCAACGGAGGUGCUCAGCAGCAUCCACAGCAGCAGCACUACCCGCCGCCACCUCCGCAGCAACAGCAACAGCAUCACCAGUACGCGCCGCCUCCCACCUCGUCCCCUCCUGCCCAUCAAUAUCAGUACGCCUCUCCUCCGGUCUCCCCGCCCGCUGCGCAACAGCAGUAUGCCGCUCCUCCUUCCGUGUCUCCGGGACACCAUCAUACGCAGAGCUAUCCUCCCCCGCCUCAGCCGUCGCCUGGCCAUGCCGUCAACUACCCCCCGCCUCCUCCUGCCGGGCAGCCGACGCCCUCUCCCCAGCCUCACCAGCCGACGCCCCAGCAACACUACGCGCCGCCUCCUGCCACUCCUCCGGCGCACCAAGGCCAGCCGCCGCCGCAACAGGUACCUCAGCAGCAACAGUACCAUCCGCAGCAGCAGACGACUAUUCCUGUCCGUCCGGCCGCGACCCCAGACGUGAAGCAGCCGCCACAGUACGAUGCGCCCCCAGCUUUCCCCGACGCUGAGGCUCCCUAUCCGCCCGAGAAGCAGGGCCAUCACGAGCAGCACCUGGACACAAGCAACCCGGUCAACCUCGUCGCGGGGGCCCCACCGGCCGGACACUUUGUCGGGGCUGGCGCAGUCGUCGACGACGACGUGGGCACGUUCAAUGGAGGCAGCUACCGCAUCAGCCACCGGGACACGAAUACCAUCUUGACCAUUCAGCUCGCCAUGGGCUGUCCGUUUGAUGCCAAGCCAGGCGCCAUGAUUGCCAUGUCGCCGACCAUGACCCUGCGUGGCACGGUCAAGUUCAGCGUCAAGAAAAUGAUUGCCGGCGCCGACCUCAAUACGUCCAACUACAUUGGCCCCGGAGAAUUGCUCCUCGCGCCUCCCAUGCUUGGCGACAUCACCAGCAUCAGACUCUCGGGCAACGAGAGCUGGUCUGUCGGUCACGAUGCGUACCUCGCCUCCACGCAGGGCGUCAUCAAAGACCACAAGCGCCAAGGCCUCGGCAAGGCCAUGUUCAGCGGCGAGGGUCUGUUUGUCUACAAAAUGAGCGGUACGGGCAUCAUGUGGUUGACCAGUUUCGGCGCCAUCAUCAGGAAAGACCUCAUCGAUGGGGAAAAAUACAUUGUCGACAACGGCCACCUCGUGGCGUGGAACACAAAGUAUGUGCUCGAGCGCGUUGCUUCGGGCGGGAUAAUAUCAAAUUUUGCCUCGGGCGAGGGACUCGUGUGCAAGUUUACCGGUCCCGGCACCAUCUUCAUCCAGACCAGGAAUGCGAAAGCCUUCACCGCGUACAUGGGAGGACAAAGUGUUCAGGCGUGA